CAUCCAAACCUUGUAGCUUUGCUUGGCUCUUGUGAGGAUGUAGAAGAAUAUUUCCUGGUCUAUGAACUGUGUCAAAAUGGGAACCUUCCGGAGUGGCUAUUGGGUAAAUUCCCAUUUCCAUUCGUGUAGAUUUUCUCAGGCGUUUUCAUCAUUUGGAAGGCCAAUUCAAUCAAAGCUGAUUGCAGGUAAAGAUAAAAAUCUACCAUGGAGAACGAGACUUGAGCUUGCGAUUGACAGCGCUAGGGGUCUUUGGUUUCUGCACACUUAUCCGGGAGGCUGCAUUGUUCACCGUGAUAUCAAGCCAACAAACAUUCUCAUUGAUGAAAACUUUCGAUCAAAACUGUCAGACUUCGGGUUAUCUAAAGUUAUGGACUUGGGACAGUCUUAUGUGAGCUCAGAAGUGAGAGGCACAUUCGGUUAUGUUGAUCCUGAGUACCGAAAGAAUCACCACGUAAAUGCUUCAGGAGAUGUCUACAGUUUUGGAAUAGUUUUUCUGCAACUUAUCUCAGGGCGCAGGGUUAUCAAUCUAAACUCAAACAAACCAAUGCCUCUUAGUAAAAUGGCAAGGGCUCUCACAACAGGAGGUGAUGUAACAGAAUUCGCAGAUCCCAAACUUAACGGGGAGUAUUCCGGUAGAAGCCUUUGACCUUGUGUUCAACCUAGCUUUGUCGUGCACAGGACUAAAGCUGCAGAGAAGCAUGGAGCAAGUGGUAUCAAAACUUGAAAGGGCACUUGAUACCUCAACCCGAAAACAGUCAGCUUCUUUUACCCUACCAAUCAAGCCUGGAAAUCGGAGAAACUCGAGCAGAUAGUUUUGUACAUUGAAACAAUCAUGAAUGAUUUAUUAGUGAUUUUAAAUGGAAAAAGAAUUACAAUACAUUGCAAUAUAACAAUGAUUUUG